UAUUUGCCUAUUAAUUUGAUUUUAUUCAGAAGACGGUCUUCUUAUUCACAAAAGUAACUGUUUUCCUUCAAUGGAAUAGCCAACAUUUCAAAUUGUGCCAAAUAAUCUACGACCAACCGAAGUAUUUGUUCAUGAGGGCUCCCCUCUUUUGUUCAUGGAAAUCGGCUUAACAAAGUAGACUUAAAAUCCUCCCAAUUUUGACCGGGAAUCUUGAUUCUACCCAUUGAAACCGGCUCAAUCAACACCUUCCAUGCAAACUGUUGCCGCCGAUAUCUUUUCCCACUCAUGGAUUUUGAUUAACUCUAGAAAAUACCUGUCAGCUUUGUAAUCCCAUCCAUGUGGAACUAAGUGUUGUUCUCUCUGCAAAUCGCUUUCUGGCUACAUCGCUCCCUCUUCUAGUCGUUUGAAUGCCCUACCCCCCAUCCCGUGCUAACGUUUGGGUGCUCACUUUAGAGAAGAGGUCCAUCGGGUUGUCCUUUGGAAACUCGUGAGGACAGAUGGGAAGUUUUGUUCCCCCGAGAUUAAUGUUCUUCAGAUAAUUUUUUUCGGGUUAUUAUGACCCAACCCAAUUAGAUUCUCAAUCAAGCCCAGCUCAAUUAGUUAGGCCCAAACCAGAACAAAAUACAUUCUAAGUGUUUUAGGUCUCUGAGCACUGCUAACCGCCGACCGGGCGAUUGUUGACGUUUAUUUGCUUUGAGUUGGGCAUCGAGUUGAUUGAAGGUUGUGCCAAGCUUGUUGGAGAGAUAAUUUGGUUAUAUUUUAAGGAUGUUGCCAACUGAUUCAACAAAAAAAUUAUCAUUUAAUCGGUGCAUUGGGGACGGGGAUUUGGUUAUUGUGUAUGAGAGGCAUGACUCUAUGAAAGCUGUUAAAGUUUGUCAGAGUUCUGUGCUGCAGAACCGGUUUGGUGUGUUUAAACAUUCAGAAUGGAUUGGGAAGCCAUUUGGAUCCAAGGUGUUCAGCAACAAGGGUGGAUUCGUUUACUUGUUAGCUCCAACUCCAGAGUUAUGGACUCUGGUUUUGAGCCACAGAACUCAGAUUCUUUAUAUUGCGGACAUUAGCUUUGUGAUCAUGUACUUGGAAAUUGUUCCUAGCUGUUUGGUUCUGGAGUCUGGAACUGGAAGUGGAUCUUUAACUACCUCACUUGCAAGGGCGGUAGCCCCCACAGGACAUGUCUAUACAUUUGAUUUCCAUGAGCAAAGGGCUGCCUCAGCGAGGGAGGACUUUGAAAGGACAGGAGUGAGCAGCUUAGUCACUGUAGGAGUUAGAGAUAUUCAGGGUGAGGGAUUUCCAGAUGAGUUCUUUGGGUUGGCUGAUUCUGUAUUUCUGGACCUACCCCAACCUUGGCUGGCUAUUCCUUCAGCUGGCAAAAUGUUGAAACAAGAUGGCAUCUUGUGCUCCUUCUCACCAUGUAUUGAGCAAGUGCAGCGCUCAUGUGAAUCUCUUCGAUCAUCUUUUACCGAUAUAAGGACCUUUGAGAUACUCCUCCGGACCUAUGAAGUUCGGCAAGGAAAAGCAGAUUCACUUCCUCACAAGAGGAAAAAGCCUUCAAAUGAAGGUAACAGUGAGCAGGACAAUCAAAGUACAGCUGCAGUCACGGUUAGGCCCUGUGGCGAAACCAGAGGUCACACUGGCUAUUUGACAUUUGCAAGACUUAGAUGCUUCUAAUGAAGAGUCCAAUUCCUUUUCAUGCGUUAGCGGGACAUAGAAGUUGUUUAUCCUCAUAGAUUUAAUCAGUUCAGGUGCCACUAUUAAAAAUGUCUUUGGACCAUAAUUAUUACCCAGAUUCAUGUCAUGAAGGGAUUAUGAGUUGCUGUAACUCCCUAUUUACUGAUGUUCAGCAAAUACAGAAACUUAGAGCAGGAUGUUUGGAGAGGGUUUCUGUCUGAUCUUGUGGAGAAUGCUGAAAGAUUCAACACAAGGCGAAUAAACUAAUGACCUGAUAUACUUACAUUGUUGUUCCUCUUUUUUAACUAAAAGUUUUGUCUAUGUCAGUACUCAGUGUUAUUUUUUGAAGUAAUAGCAGGGUAAUUUUCCCGAAAAUUCACUGGUCA